AUGGCUAUCAAGAAUUACAACGAGAUCUUGAUCAACUGGGCAAGGAAUAUCAAAAUCUACAAACGGUCUUCCAGCUACAUUCAAAUGGACACCGACUGUGGCCUAGGGCUGCUCAUUAAGAUUACAGAAGUUUUCCAAGCGUAUAUUACGGUUGGGGUGAGGUUCCUUGGAAGCACCAAUGGGCUAUGUGGUAACUUCAAUGGAGACUCCACAGAUGAUUUUAAAAGCAGUAUGAAAAUCAUAGAACAGAGACCAAGUUUUUUUGUGAAUUCUUGGAAAGUUACAGCAAAUUGUGGACCUGCUUGUGAUGAGGAGUCAGACCCAUGCUCGUUAAGUCAAGUGAAUGAAAUCUUUGCAGAAUCCCAUUGUUCAGCAUUGUUGGAAGAGACCUCUAUAUUUGGACGAUGUCAUGAGUUUUUAGAUCCUACAGAAUUUUAUAAGGCAAGUAAUUUCUUGUUUCUUUUCUCCAAAUUAUUCUCUUAUUUUGUUAGCCACGAAUAUAUCAGACAUUGCCUUGAUUCAUACGCCAGUGCUUGUGCGAAAAGAGGCAUAAUCUUGGCGGGCUGGAGAAAUGUUAUGGACGGCUGCGGAAUAUCUUGCUCCUUCAAUCAGGUCUUCAGUUAUGACUCUAGGGUCUGUCAUCGCACCUGCCUGUCACUGUCCAAUCCAGAAUUUGAGUGCACGUCAAUGGAUCCUCCAGUGGAUGGCUGCAACUGCCCAGAUAACACUUACCAGGACACCAGCGGACAAUGCGUGGGUGCUGCCGAGUGCCCUUGCUUCCUGGCUAACAUACCCGUGGCACAUGCCAACCAGCAGAUAACUCUUAAUGGCGGAACAUGUGUAUGUCAGAACGGAAAUCUGAAGUGCAUUGGUCAGGACCCUCAAGAACGCUGUUACCCUCCCAAGAUUUAUUUCAAUUGUGAGAAUGCGCAAGUUGGUGAAUAUGGAGCUGCCUGUGCACCGACAUGUCAGAUGCUUGCAGCAGAAAGUCAGUGUCGAGGGUUUACUGUACUUAGAUUUCAAAAAUUGCUUUUUCAAUCUUCCCAGCUCACAACAAAAUGUGUGCCUGGCUGUAUCUGUCCAGAUGGAUUGGUGCUGGAUGAAGAGAAAGGAUGCGUUCAUCCUGAUGAUUGUUCUUGUGAAUACGGAGGACAUUCAUAUUCACAGGGUGAAGUCAUUGUGAGGAACUGCAUGACAUGCUUUUGCACCAGAGGGAAGUGGAAUUGUCAGGGGAGUGGACUGUGUCCGUCAACGUGUAUGGUUCAUGGAGAAGGACACGUCACGACAUUUGACGGAAAGCAAUAUGUCUUUGAUGGGAACUGCGAAUAUAUUUUAGUUCAGGAUGCUUGUUCUGGCAUCUUCUCACAGCCAUCAUUCAAGAUAGUGGCAGAAUAUGUCUAUUGCAGCCAGUCAAAAACCGUUUGCACUAAGGCGAUAAAGGUGUACUACGAGGAUUUUCUAAUCAAAAUGACAGAUGCCACCUACAAGGUCAUACCAGAAAGUGCUGUCGGGAAAUUCACAGUAAUUCAUAACCAGAUGUAUCUCACAUUCCAAUUCGGAGAUCCUGACACUCUUCAGCUAAUAGUUACAUGGAAUUUAAAGAUGAAUACGUACAUACAGAUUAUUGGGUUAUCUAAGUUUUCAGUGUGUGGACUCUGUGGCAAUGCCAAUGGUAAUAUUAAAGAUGAGCUGAUAACUCAGACCCACUAUUCAGCUUGCACUUUAAUGAGCUUUGUAAACUCUUGGAAAGACGAUCCCAUGUGUGAGGAUGUGACUGAAGUUGUGUACCCAUGUGCAAAAAAUCCAUAUCGAAAGUCAUGGGCAGAGAAGCGAUGCAAAAUAAUUCCCAGUGAUGUGUUUCGACCCUGUCACAAGUUGCUCCGUUGGUUUCCAUACUAUGAUAAAUGUAACAGAGAUGCGUGUGGUUGUGAACUGGUUGGUGAUUGCGAGUGUCUCUGUGAUGCUGUUGCAGCCUUCGCUAAAGCUUGCUUAGAUGUCGGGGUCUGUAUCGACUGGAGAACCCCAGACUUCUGUCGUAAGUUUUUACUAUCUGUAUGA